GCUGCACGAGCACGACUGAUGCCUGAAUGUGACAAUUUACCUCCACGACCACGCACGCGCGCACGCACGCACGCUCACUCACGCACAGAGCAUCAGGCGCAGGUGCGUGGACUCGCUCCCCACGCAGCUGAGCGAACCUCCGUUGAUGACGGGACGUUGGAGUCUUUGGAGGGAAAAAAAAAACGCCAAACUACAGCGAGGAGGAGAAAGGACAGCCUCUUUUUUUUUUUAAUGUUGUUGUUUUUUUGGGUUGAACCUUCCCCCUCGACACUCCACUCCGCUCCUCUCCACGGGACAAAAUGCACGCCGGUGUGGGAGCCUGCUCGCUUUUCUUAUCCCCUCGCCAAAUGAAAUGGUCGUCCUACUGAAAUGAGGACCUCAUCUCAGCUGGGUUCAUUGUGAAAAAAAAAAAAAAAAGGGGCGCUUUCUUCGACUUAUUUCAAGGACGGCGACCGAGGAAAAUAAACUAAUUAGGGAAAUAAAAGUGGCCGGAGGACGAAGGAGACAUGGAGCGGGACGACACCGUGAAGGCGCCGAAGAAGAAGAAGAGCAUCAUGGCGAAGAUGUUUAAAGUUCGCAAAAGGAGGGAGAUGCUGUUUGUACAGGUGUGCUUCAUCUGCAGUGCCCUCUUAGUGGCGUGGACCAUGUCGGCGCUGUUGACCAAAGCAGGCCACGGCAUGAUAAUGGAGGACCGUCCCGAUCCGGAGCACUGGGGGAGGCGGCUCAUGGCGUCGGUGGCCGAAAAUGAAACGGAGCCCAAGAACUGUUCGGCGCCAGCAAUACACGAGUUCCCCGAUGACCUUUUCACCAACAACGAGCGAAAGAGCGGCGCGAUCCUCCUGCACAUUGCAGCGGCCCUCUACAUGUUCCUGGCACUCGCCAUCACGUGUGACGAGUAUUUUGUGACAUCACUGGAGAAGAUAUGUGAGAAACUACAUCUUAGUGAAGACGUUGCCGGCGCCACCUUCAUGGCAGCUGGCAGCUCUGCGCCCGAGCUUUUUGCCUCAGUCAUUGGUGUCUUCAUCACCCACGGAGACGUGGGGGUAGGGACCAUUGUUGGCUCGGCCGUCUUCAACAUCCUUUGCAUUAUCGGAGUGUGCGGCAUCUUCGCCGGACAGGUGGUGAUGCUGACUUGGUGGGCAGUUUUUCGAGAUUCCUUCUAUUAUAUCCUGUCUGUCAUCGCUCUUAUUGCAUUCAUCUAUGACGAGAAGAUUGUGUGGUGGGAGAGUUUAGUGCUGGUGGUUAUGUAUGCUGGAUACAUUCUGGUCAUGAAAUUCAACUCCAGCAUGCAGGCUUUCUUCAUGGGGAGCUCCAAGAAGAACGUGGCCAACGGCAACGCGGCCACCAGCAGUGAGAUGGAGGACGUGAAGCCCACCAAGGCUUACAGCCGCGGCUCGGUGGUGAUGGUGGACGAGAUCAUGAACGCCAGCCCGUCCAAGUUCCGCUUCCCCGAAGCGGGCCUGCGGAUCAUGGUCACCAGCCACUUUGGACCCAAGACCCGCUUGCGCAUGGCGAGCCGCCUCAUCAUCACAGAGCGCCAGAAGUUGGUCCAGGCAGCCAAUGGCAUGGAGACGCAAGUGAUUGACGGCAAGACGGACAUCGAGAACGGCAACGUACCCGAGGACAAACCCACUGAGGAGGAGGAGGAAAGCGGCAUCUCCCCGUUUGGUCUUCCCAAGGGCUGUGGCAACAAAAUCAAGUGGCUGAUCUCAUGGCCGCUGCUUCUGUUGUUGUUCUUCACCGUCCCAAAUUGCGGGAAGCCACGCUGGGAAAGAUGCUUCAUGCUCUCCUUUAUCCUCUCAACCGUCUGGAUCGCAGUCUUCUCUUACCUGAUGGUCUGGAUGGUGACCAUCAUUGGCUACACUUUGGGAAUCCCCGACGUCAUCAUGGGGAUCACCUUCCUGGCAGCAGGCACCAGCGUCCCCGACUGCAUCGCCAGUCUUAUCGUGGCUCGUCAAGGCUUGGGAGACAUGGCCGUAUCCAACACUAUCGGGAGCAACGUUUUUGACAUCCUCGUGGGCUUGGGCGUCCCCUGGGCGCUCCAAACCAUGUGUGUUGACUACGGAUCGGAGGUGAUGAUCAACAGUCGAGGGCUUGUGUAUUCGGUGGUGCUUCUGCUGGGAUCUGUAGCCCUCACAGUACUGGGCAUUCACCUGAACAAGUGGCGUCUGGAUCUGAAGCUGGGCCUAUAUGUUCUGGUCCUGUACGCCGUCUUCCUCUGCUUCUCGGUCAUGAUCGAAUACAACGUCUUCACUUUUGUCAACUUGCCUAUGUGCUUUGAGGAUUAACAUGCGGUGUAGCAGCAGCAGCCGGACACCAAAACAAUCCUCACAGCCCCAAAGUCCCACCCUUCCCUUCAAUAAUACUGGACCUAUGUGAUUCCACCCCCCCACGUUGUCUGUGUAGUCCCAAGUGUGUCCAUGCGGUGGCACACUUGAGUCAUUUUGCAUCGAAUCUUCGCUCACACAGUGCCAGUCCUUGAUACUCAUUUCGAGGAUUGCCUGUUCCUGCAGUACUGCUGUCCACCUGUCUAUUUCGUCCAUCCAUUUAGCACGCCUUUAGCUGUCUGCGGUGGGGGACUCCAGAAUUUAAUUCUGCCCCCCCCCCCCACCUCCAACCCACCCAUUGUCACCAUGUCGUCACUCUUUCAUGUUGACAGAAUCCUCACAAGGUUUACUGAGAACUCCAGGACCCAAAGAGAAAAGCACACACUUUUUUUUUUUUUUUUUGCGCCCCUAAGACGAGGGUCUUGUCCUUGGCAGCUUCCCUCCUGCAGCUACCAACUUGACGCAAGGAACUACAAACUCUAUCCCUCAGUGACCGCCUGCAAACUUUUCUCACCUCACUUGAUUAAAAAAAAAAAAAAAAGAAACAACUUUUUCAGGACUGUUUGGGAAGCAUCAUGGCAAACCGAAUUUUUGAGUUGAGACUGUACUGCACAACAUCGAACUGUCCACAAUUUAUUUCUUUUUGUAAUUCGUUUUUUUUUUUUUUUUGGUCAAGAAUCCCUCCAUCUUUUUGUGAAAGACAGAGGGAGAGCAUGUUGCAACCCACUCGAAACAACUUUUUACGCAGAUGACUUCUUGUGCUGGAUGGAGAUUUGAACACCCUCAGCGCUCACUCAAAUCAACCAUCUUCAGAUCAGUGGGAUGGAUUUUGAUUUGAUUUUUGCCAUCAACUUUUGAGACAAAGGAACUAGACGGCUAUCUCGAUGCUGACUGUCUGCUAGACCACCCCCCCCCCCCCUGGCCAGUAAGCGGGGGGGGGGGCCAACCACAGCCACCAGUGAUCAGGGACAGCUCUUUGGUGGGGGGGCUAUCGUGUUGAUAUGAGUUGUAUGUAGAUACUGCACUUUAAGAGCCAUCCUCUCAUUCUGAAUCAACUAGUGCUUCCUUUGGUGCGCGUGUGUGUGAGAUACGAAUGUGUGUGUGUGUGUGUGUGUGUGUGUGUGUGUGUGUGUGUGUGUGUGUGUGUGUGUGUGUGUGAGACUACGAUGAGCACACCCGCCUCUUGUCCGCAGUGCAUGCUGGGAUGUUAAAUGCAGUGUUCCCCUUCCUCCCUCAAGCACAGCGCAAAGGCUGCUUGUGUCCAUCAGGCAUCUCCAUGGCAACCGCCUGGUCCAGUUUUACAAAGAGUAAAAAAAAAAAAGAAUUAAAAAAUCGGCAGCUACCGUGCAAUUUGUUGCAAAAUUGCAAGUGAUGAGCCGAGCUACGGAAAAUUAUGACAAAAACUGGUGGGUAGGGGGUGAUAUUCCUGUGCCACAUAUGUCGGCCGGCACUUGUAUAUGCAAUCUCAAUGUCAUGACUUGUGUGCGCGUGCGUGACACGAGGCCCCUGCCAGGUCGCCAUGAUGAUGUUGUUCGUUUAGUACUCGAUGUGUGAGCUCACAGGUGUGCUUUGUCAUUUGUAAAAUUUUUUUUUUACAUUUUUUUUUGUGAUUGCUGUCGAACUGAGCCAAAGGAUGGACACUAUGGUCCCCUUUUCCACAAAGGGCCAAAACGAGCGACGCGAUGGAUCGGUAAUGUUUUGUCUGGACUUUUGUCACUUUUUGAGGACCUGGAUUAGAGCACUUGGGAGAGUUGGAACGCCGCCUCCUUGAAGAUGCUCGUCCAUUUCUAUGCUUGAUGGAGGUGACCACACAGGGCCCAAUCUGUAGAUACACCUUAUUGUACUCGUUUGGAGUCCAAAUGUGCAAUUAGUUUUUCUUUUGUUCUUUAGGCUGCUCUGUGUGGUCCUAUCUUGGUUGCCGGGUUGGAAUUUUGUCCUCCUUAACUUGUUGUUGAGCUUGCGUUUGUCAGCAAGUCUUUUUCUUUGUUUUUUUUUUUUUUUCUGGAGGAAGAAGAAGAUGGGAGGGGGCGGGGAGAAUUAUUUGAUGCAGAGUGGAUGUCAGUCCAAAUGUACAAAACUAUCACGCACACGCUGUGGAAAGGUGAUGAAAACACGAGAGGACUCGUGUGUAUUUCGUUCAUUGAAUGCGACCUGAUGCACUGUGAGCUCAAUGUGAUGUGGGAGUUGUCAACAAUAACUGAUGAACAAAAAAAAAAAGUCUAAUGUAAAGUUAGUUACUAUUAAAAAAAAAAAAACUAAAAAAUAUACCGUAUAACUUAUAUGAAUGUAUUGUCUUGCUAUACUGGACAUAUCCAACCAAUGCAUUUUACUGUAAAGCAAUAAUGUGAAGAAAAAAAAUAAAAUGGCAAAAUCAUUCCUGUA